AUGGCAGAAUGGAUUGAGACUAGUAAUGGAAACCGGAUAUCGAAGAAAGCAACGGUAACCGGGCCCCAAAGGAUUUUAAUUGCUGGCUCUUGUUUAAUUAAGGAGGACUGUAUAGUGGAAGGCAAUGUAAGAACUUUAGAAAAAACGGCUAGUGCAAUAUCUAUGGGUAGAUUUUGUAUGCUUGGGGCAGCGUGUGUUGUAAAACCGGCUAUAAUAGGCUACAAAACCGAUAAAGCCUCAGGGAAAAUGGUCUCAGUGCAUUGCCCCCUUGUCAUGAACUCGUACACGUUGGUGAAACCGGGUGCCCAGAUACAUUGUAAAAGGAUGGGCAGCAGAGUCGUGAUAGGAGCUAAUUCAGUGUUAUCUAGAUGUUGUACAAUUGGAGAUGUGGUUAUAAUUGAAGACAAUGUGAUCGUUCCUGAGAACGCCUAUGUUCCCUCAUUCUCGAGAGUCAAAAGGCACUCGGAGUGGCCAAGCUCGAUCGAAAUGACGCCGUUAAACCACAGUAUGCGCCAAGUAAUCGAGAAUUGGUGUAAACAGGAAUAUUUAGGCAUGACACUAGAUUUUGAUGAAUAA